CACGUAUAUUUCCGGUGGUAUAGUAAACAACAACAAUACAAAAAGCCAUGCUUAAAAAAGUCUUUUUAUCUCUUUUAUUAGUCACUUUGGUGGCGGCAAAGACAGACAAGAAUUCCAAAGAUUCAAAACUUACACCUGCUGGCCUUUGUGCAGGAUGUCAGGCCACAGUAAAAGAAUUGUCAAGGACUUUGAAACAUACAACAAAUGAGCCAAUCAACAAACGAGUUCCAGUGCUAAUGUCAACUGUCUGCAAGAAGGAAAACUUUAAGCACUAUGAAAUUACUCCUUCAGUCAUUGAGGAAGCCUGCAAAUUAAUAAUGAAAAACAAUGGAACAGCUAUAGAGUCUACCCUAGUGAACUACUACAAUGCCAAAAAUCGUAAGCACCACUCUUACCUGGAUAUAGUUCAGACGAUCUGUAACGAGGUCACCAAC